UUCCCUAUAAAAUGGAGUAUAAAUAUGAAGUAUGAGUUCAUUGAUUCACAGUCACAGUUCAUUUGUUUUGGUGUAACCUUGUUCUACUUGCUCCAUAGACUUCAUAAUGAAACUCCUAGGCAUUUUGUUCGUAAUCAGUGUGGUGCUCAUGGUAGCAUUCGCUAAAUCCUUGUCUAUGAACCACGUACUGAAAAUAUACGAAAUCACUCACGCGGAUACAGGAGAAACGACCAAAGUAGCGACUGAAGCUUUAUACAUACCGCUGACGUUGAAGGAUUGUUCUAACUCGGCUUGUGACUAUGUUUGCAGAAUGCUGGGUUAUAACCACGGAGCAUGCAUAUCUUCUACAACCUGCCAUUGUACCAAUUAAGCCUAUUAAAUAAGAUUUCGUUUAUUUUUUAUGUUUUUAAAUGUCGAGCCGUGUGUUUCUAAGUGAAAUAAAUGUUUGAAAGUCUUAAAAA